AUGUCUGCUUUACAAGAAGCAAUGAAGUCAUUCUCGACGUUUGGUUUCCAGCCUGGACUCAUGGAUCGCAUCACCAGCCUGGACUCAUGGACCGCAGGACCAGCCUGGACUCAUGGAUCGCAUCACCAGCCUGGACUCAUGGACCGCAGGACCAGCCUGGACUCAUGGACCGCAGGACCAGCCUGGACUCAUGGACCGCAGGACCAGCCUGGACUCAUGGACCGCAGGACCAGCCUGGACUCAUGGACCGCAGGACCAGCCUGGACUCAUGAACCGCAGGACCAGCCUGGACUCAUGGACCGCAGGACCAGCCUGGACUCAUGGACCGCAUCACCAUUCUUUCUAAUCCAGCUGAGCCAAGAGAAGCACUGA